GGGUCAGUGAGAGAGGAGAGAGGGAGAGAAGCAUGUGUUAGAGGAGGAGAGGCGCUCUGGGAGAGGGGGAGACGGACUCAGAAAUGGGAGAGAAAUCCUCAGCAGCCCUUGAACUACAGUAACAAGUGAUCACUUGAGUAAUCACGGGUGAUUCAGAGAGAAAUACAGACACUUCUCCAAAAAUGGCAAGCCUUCCCAAAGAGCCGCCUGAGGAUGCCAAGAGGCAGAGCUUCUGGAUGCCAGGGAAUUAUGUGCGUACAGUGCACAGAACAGAUCAGUCCCACCAGGCCUGCAAUGACAUUGUGGCCUGUUUCCUCGAAAGGGCCAAAGUAGAAAAACAGUACGCCCAGCAGCUGAGCCAGUGGAGCAGCAAGUGGAAGACCAUAGUGGACUCCAGGCCACUUUAUGGCUCUCUGAUGAAGGCGUGGCAGUGUUUCUUCACCUCCACCGAGCGUCUGUCUGCCCUCCACUCCUCCAUCUCCCAGUCGCUUAUUGAGGAGGAAGGGGAGCGAGUGAGGACCUGGCAGAAGGAAACCUUUCCCAAGAAGUUAUUCUGUGGGUUCAAGGAGAGCUACGACAACAACCUAAGCUUUUCACGUGCACAGAAACCCUGGUCCAAAAAGUUAACAAAGCUGGAGAAGGCCCGAGCCACCUUCCACAAAGCCUGUCAAAAGGAACAAGCAGCCAUCGACAAAGAGAGGCAGGCAAACGAAAACACCGAGAUGAGUCCGGAGAAGAAACAGAAAUUCACAGAUGCUAAAGAGAAGCUAACAGAGGAAAAAGAAAAGACUAGAGCUCGCUAUGAGAAAGUGCUGGAAGAUGUCACAUCCUACACGCCACGUUACAUGGAGGAAAUGGAAGCCAUUUUUGACCAGUCGCAGGAAGAGGAGAGGAAAAGGAUCAGCUUUUUAAAACAGGUCUUCCUCUCCAUCCACAGACAUCUUGACAUCACCAACAAUGAGAGUGUGAAGGCAGUGUACAGCGAGCUCCACAACACUCUGAUGUCCAUCAGUGACCAGGACGACCUCAAAUGGUGGAAGAACAGCCAUGGACCCGGGAUGCCCACCGACUGGCCAAAGAUCGAGGAGUGGGUUCCACCAGUGAAAAAGCUCAAGAGAAAGAAGAGAGACCAGAAAGGGAAAGAAAGCCGACCUGUGAUGAUCGGAGGCGUGAAGGUGCGAGCUCUGUACGACUACACGGGAGAGGAGGGAGAUGAGCUGUCCUUUAAAGCAGGUGAGGUGUUCCUGAAGGUGGAGGAGGAGGAUGACCAGGGCUGGUGUCGAGGCGUCUUGAGCGGAGGGAAGGAGGGCUUCUAUCCGGCCAAUUAUGUCGAAGCUGUGGAGUGAAAUCACACUGUUAAAAAUAUCAUGUUCUGAUCUUAUUUGUCACCGUGUUUAUCACCUAAUGUCUAAGAUGUUGUUACACUGAGUUUAUGUAAAAUAUAAUGUGUUCCCAGCAGUUUUUCCAAAGGCCUUAAUAUCCUAAUCUAUUCGGUUUGAGUGCUUCUGCGGGUAGAAUUAACUUAUCGAAGACAAGAAUGUACUGUUUGUGCAGGAGCUGUAUGAGUUUACUGUAUGUGUGAGUGUGUACGCUGUUUGCAUGCAUGUGUGCACGUAAAGACAAACUAAAAGAGAACAACAGAGUAUAUUUAUUUACUGACAACUUUUCCAAGAUAUUAUGAAGCUAAUAAUUAGAGACGUUUACCCUAGCACAGGUUUACAAUCAUGUGUGCAGUCCACAAGGUUAAUGUUUACUUAAUGAAUAAUGGAGAAGCUUAACUGAUGGAGCAGAUUUUCAAAAUAAAAGUGUACUUGUUUUGCCUCUAAUGCGUUGUAGCCGCU